CCGCCGGAAGUUGAGGAUUUCUCCUACUCUAGCCUCUAGCUUGUCAGUGGGCGUAGCCCACGCCCUUUCGGGCGGUCCAGGGUGACCGAAGGCCGUGAUCUGGUGUGGUGAGGGCGGUGGGCUCCGCCAUGCCCCGGUAUUAUGAGGACAAACCGGAGGGCGGCGCGUGCGCGGGCGUGAAGGAGGAUCUGGGUGCAUGUCUGCUGCAGUCGGCCUGUGUGCUCCAGGAAGGAAAGUCCCCACGGCAGUGCUUGAAAGAAGGCAACUGUAGAGCUUUGCAGUACUCGUUUUUUGAGUGUAAGAGAUCAAUGUUGGAUGCCAGAUCGAGAUUCAGAGGAAGAAAAGGAUAUUGAUAAUGUCAUGUUGGAUGCAAGAUGAAAACCACUCAGAAUCUCCUCUGGUCCUUAACAGAAAAGAAUCAAAGUAGGAAACACAGUAGCUGCCGCAUCUGUUCAACCUCUGGGCUUCCCAAGUACACCAGAGAAAACAGAUCAGUGCUGUUUCUGAAUGAUUCUGCUGGUUGAAGUCAUUUAUAGAAGAUUCACGGUACUGAACAACUAUGGGUUAAGAACUUACUGUGUUUUGUGAAUUGCCCAAUGGAGAGAGUGUGUUCAAGGAUGACUCUUGAUCAGAUUACACAGUAUGUGCAUCCAGGAGGCCACAUGAAGUCAGCAUAGUUAGUAACAUAGAAUCUGUUGUCAGCCUCCUCCAA